CAGCAGCGCCCAUGCGGCCCGUGGCGCCGCAUCGUAACUCGCGACAAAACACUCGUGCGCUCAAAGAUGGCGGAUGGGUCGCCCGAAGACCGCGCCGGCCUGUUUCAAAUGAACGAUUUAACUUUUUCCGCGGGCAACUCGUCACAUAGUGACACAAAACAGUGUAGUGGACAAACUUUAGAAGGUGGUAGAUUAAAGUUAUCGUUCUACACUGAACUGGAUACGAGUGAAUCGUGUGAGAUAAGUGAGACGCGCGGCGUGGUCGCCGACCGUUCCGUGGCGACCGUAACAAGAGAUUCCCGAAAAACACCCGGUUCAAACAUCGAUGAUGGCGACGAUAGGAAGAAACGGUGCUUUGACAGAUACGAUAGCUCCGAAUCUUCAGACAGUGGAGUGGCGGUGCUAAGUCCUACGGAAAGCAGCGGUUGCAGCAGUAGCGACAUCACUGAGCCGCGUUCGCCGCGAAGCCCCGAGUCGGCCUGCAGCACGAGCGAAGAGAGCGCUGGCGCGCGCAUGCCACCUUGGGCGAGCGAUCCGGCGCCGCCGGGACCGCGACGCCUCGCGGCUCAACCCGCGCCCCUCCGACGGCCAAACCCACCCAUUCAUCGCCGCAUAACAGAGUACUUCAAUCAUAAAAUGAAGCCACAGAACGGCGUCAAGCGUGAUAAUAAUUCAAUUAACAAUAAUGACACCAAGAAAAAGUGCCUACCCAAAAACGGCGUCACGCAUGAUCUCGAAAAAUAUAUUUCGUAUUUAUCGCAAACGCUAAGUCCGAAAGUUCUUCUUGAUGUUGGUAAACAAACUGAAACACAGAGAACGCCAAUAAGCCAAACUACCACAAACUGCUCUAAAAAUGAUUUUCUAAAAACAUCAUCGAAUGUCCAUGUUAAUGGAGUUAAAGAAAGUAUUAGAGCUAAGGAAAUGCAUAAAAUGAAUGGCUUUAUGGAGACUCGGCACGGGAUUGAAACGUUUAAUAAAGAAAGGAAUUCGGGAAGCUUUUUUAACGCAGAUAGCAAAAAACACAAACUUACUCAAAGUCCAUCCGCCAAUGUAUCGGCUAAUAUGAAUAAAGCAAAAGUGGCAAUUCCAGCUUCGAGUGAUAUAGUAGGACUACGUAUUGCUCCUGCCACUACUAUGAACCGAUCACCAAAAAAACAAACUGUAAAACCUGACUCAACUAAGCUGAAUGGGAUCGUCAGCUCUACUACCAAAUUAGAUAGUAGAAUGAACGGAGUCACGUGUGGUUCAAAUAACUUGAAUCUGGUAAAUAAAACUUUAACAAAGAAGGAGCCUUUGAGAAAAAAUGCACAAACAUCUAAAAGGACGAACCGCAAAUCAUCCGCUUGUAUUGCAAAUAGUAAAAACUUAACUUGGUCUAAAGCUAAUAAUCUUAAACAAAUUCAGCUACAGAAACAAAAUUGUGCAAAUACAUUACAAAAUUCUCCCGUUAAAAAUGUUCCCAGUGAAGCGAAUACUGCACCAAGUAUGAAUGUUCCAAACGGUGUUCGACAAGUUUCUAUGACUGUCAAUGGUAAUCUUGGUAAUUUAAAUGUGCCUGUAGCUAAUUUACAAAAUUGCCAUCAAAUAAAUAUUCCACAACCUUGCAAUGGCACAGUACAAUCACCUAAUUUAGCUUCAUUCGUUGCUGUUCCUCAAAACGUCAUGCUUACUACGUUACGGAUACCACAAAAUGGGUUACCUUCACAGACGUUAAACCAACAAGGUAAUAUAGGUACUUUUAACCGAACUAAUGUCAAUGUGACAAGUCCGAAUAAAUUAAACGGUCAAUACGUUUUUCCGCUUAUGCAGAAUAUCAACGGAACUGUGGUCCAAAUACCGAAUAUAAUGGCGAAAAUGCCCAAUUUUGUUCUUCCGCAAAAUCCUCAGAUAACAACGCAAAGACCAGAUCAGCAUCACCAGCAUCUAACAAAUCAACAGGCUGCACAAAUUCUCAUAAACGGUACCUUACUAAAACUUGCAAAUACGAUACCACCUACAUAUACAUCUUCUAAUAAAUCUGGCCCAGCCACUAGUCAGUCUAUACCGGUAAUGAAUAAAAAUGUCACAGGACUACAAGCUGUUGGAAUGACGGUACAACCUAAACAAAAUUUUACUGUCAAUCUAAGCCAUUCUGUUUUAGUACCUCAGCCUGGAUUUAUUGUUACUUCAGUGCCAAAUAUGAAUGUCAAAGAGACGUGGAGUUAUACGAGUACAAACUCGGCACCUUCGCAAACAUCGUCUUCAAAUCCAAUAGUACAUCACCCUUCCUUGGUUACUAACUAUACCACUCAAACAUUACACUCGAGUAGUAUACCUUUAGCGCCCGUUAAACCACCUGACAAUCCGAUACAAGGUACAGAACCACCAAGCAGUACCGUAAAGGAGUCUGAAAUAAGCGAACUAACAAACCAAAAGUGUGAUAUACCUUGGCUGUCUAAAACUGUUAAUAAUAAUAUAUUUCCAUUAGAUUCUAAAAAAAUAUCUUCGAGGCCUUUUGCACAAGUUAGUGGUUGUUCAGUUAAUCUUGAAGAGCUUGCAACAGUAUCAAAAGUAACAAAAAGGAAUGACAUUGUAAAUGAUGCGUCUAAAGAGGAUAUGGUUCAAGAGUUAAGAAAAGUAGAAGCAGUUGCUAGAAGAGAGGAAACACUUUUUACUCAAAUAACUGUUCUAAAAGACGUUUCAUCGAAUGUUCAAAAUACUCUGAUAGAAGCUAAUUUUUGUAGUGCUACCACAGAGUCAUCAGAAUCAGGAAUAGGAACUGAUAAGUCCAUUGCUUCACCGAGUGACUCGCAAACUAGCAAGGAGUGUGAUGACGAUUCUUCAUUAUCUCUUAGUGUAAGCGUGAGCUCAGUUGAAGCAUCAAGUAGCCAGAAAAGUCCAAUUCUAAAGCAACCGAAAAUAUUGCGGUUUCCUCCAAGAAGUAUUAUAAAACCUGAAAGUAACAAAAGGAAGUCUAGUACAGAUACGACUAAUACGACUGUUUGUCUAUGGGAAAAUUGCAAAAUGGAAUUAGAAAGCGAUACAGAUCUUUUAGAGCAUUUACAGUCUGUUCACGUAGAGUCUCAAGCGGGUAGAGAAAACUACGUAUGCUUGUGGGAACAGUGUAAGGUGCGAGGCAAGCCGUCAUGUUCGAGUCUGUGGCUGGAGCGCCACACGUUGUCCCACGGUGGCAAUAAGCCCUUCAAGUGCAUCGUCGAUGGCUGUGACAGAAGAUUCUCGACGCAGACAUUGCUGGAACGUCACGUGAACAACCAUUUCAACGAAACAUCGCCAAACGCUGGCAGUGGGAAGAAAGCAGCGGAUAGCUCCUCAAAACUAAUACGACGUAAUGGAAAGAAAUUGCGAUAUAGAAGACAGCCUUGGUCUGCGCGCAUGUUCGACUUCUUCGACGCGGGGAUGAUGGAGGGCCUGGCGUGGCGGCUGUCGCGCAGCACGCGCUGGCGGCUGGGCGGCGCGUGUCCGCUGCGCGAGCCGGCCGGGCGCCACACGCUCACGCUGCACGCCGCGCUCGCCGCCACGCGCUACAACGCGGCCGAGGCGCGCCGGGAGGCGCUCGUCACCUACUACCCGCCGCACGUGAUCGAGGACGAGUGGGUGCCGGAGCACGAGGUGAAGCGGGUGAAGCGCGUGGAGAUAUCGUCGCUGCCGGCGCACACGAAGGUGCAGCUGUACUCGCAGUUCUGCAACUCGUACCGCAAGGCGCCGUCGCCGCCGCCCGCGCGCCGCGCGCCCGCCGCCAGCGCGGCGCCCGUGCGCCUGCUGCCCGCGCGCCAGUGCACGUCGUCGCGCCUGCUCAACAACCUGCUGGCCAAGCGGCGCCGCGAGCGCGACGACUGCAGCGCCACCAACCUGCCCAUGGCGCUCGACGACGACGAGCGCCGCCCGCCCGCCAGCGGCGCCCGCAAGCGCAAGCUCGGCCGCCCCUCCGGCGCCAACGCCUUCUCGCCGUGCGGCCGAUAGCCGCGCCGCCCGGGGGCGACUGCAAACAAGACUGACUUACUUUUAUACGAGACCGACGGCGCAGCGGCGGAGCGGAGCUGUACAUAGACUAGGUGGAGAUGUAAUUAGGACGGGAGGUGUAAAAUGGCCGGUUUUAGUUUAAUAUUUUUCCCUCCGGCGUCGCCGGAGGCUAGCGGACGGAGUAGUCUGAGUAGUCUAAGUUAGGUUAGGACGUGAACGACCAGCAUCACUGCCAAGUGUAAAUAGUUUUGUAAUGUCGGAAUGUAAAUAUUUUAUUUUCGGGGCUUGGAUGUUUUUUGAUUUCGAAUCGAAGUUCGGGGCGACGCUUACGCUUCCCGAGGUGCCAACUUUACAAGGUCAUCGAUGUUCGGUUAAGCUCGAUCGAGUAUCACCAAGUGCCUCUACGUAGCGCAUCGUACCGUAGCCGUGUUCAAUUUAUAUCAGGUUUACCCGUAGUCAUAUCAACUCGCAGAUAGAUUUAGGGUUCCAUUUUGACGAAGUUUUUAACCGUGUUCAGUAAACGAGAUUCAUUUCUUCUAUAUGACAGAAUUGACGUUAAUUAAAUGCCGUUUCGCAUUCGGAUACUCGAACGCCGAUCGUGUUCACAUCUAAGGCUUUUCGCUUAAGGUCUUUUGACUAAUAGUAUUUUAAAUGUUCAUUGUGUAUCCGAGUGUGACACGACAGUCAUUCCACUGCCAUCGAUGUUGUGUUUAGAUUAAUAAUAUACGAACUUUGCAUCGACGAUUUUACCGUUAGCAAUAAAAUAUUUGUGAUAAGAAUAGAUAAUUGACAGAUAUUAUUUUCCGCGCACAAGUUUUUUAGCAGUUUUGUAACGUAAAGUAAUUAUUGAGUAAUCUAGACGUGUUAGUCUAAGGGUGUGGGUUCGAAGACGCGAUUCGAAAUGUGGCUGAUAAGUUCAAAACAUUCAAAUGGCAAUAAUGAUGUAUUUUCUAUCAUAUUAUAAAAUAAUUUUACGCAAUGGUUAAUUGUAAUUGUUUUUUAGAUUCGGACCGAGAUUUUUUUUAUGUAUUCUGACAUAGUUAGACUUAUGAAGUGUGUUAUUUUUAUCGCAUUAUAAUUUCUAUAUAUGUAUGCUGAUAAAAGAAAGAAAGAAAAAAAAAUUAUAAUUUAGUUUAAUUUUUUUAAUUCAUUUUUUUUUAUUUUAAUUUCAAUACAAUGAUACAUAAAUUGAACAAAUUUGAUUAUAUUUUUUUUUCUUUGUUUCCGAUAUUCAUCACUCUUAGAAAAUAUUUUGUAUUGUAUCGACCUUAAAGCAAUUUGUUUUAUUCAACCGACAUUCACAUACAUUAUAAUAACGAAAAAAAAAAAUCUUUUAAAGUUAGAACAUCGCUAGAUGUAGAGUCGGAACGUGAUAUUAGAAACACCAAUUUACAAUGGAUGUGUAAACAUUAAGCAAUAAAUAAAUUAAUUAAAUGUAAUUAUUAGUAUAAUACGAUUGUCACUAUAAAACAAAUUGCUUUAAUAAUAUAAUAAUGGCAAUGACGAAGUCGAUGAUAUAAUGUCCAUAGCUGAAUUUGUAGACGGAUUUAGAUUUUAAUCUUUUUGGAUGGCCCUAUACAGAAGACAAUGCCUUUUAGCCGUAAGGUGUUAUACAAUUGAAUGUUAAAUAAAAUUAAAUAAAAAAUAUUGUGUUCUGUGCUCACGCGAUCUCGCUAGUAUUUUUAGUUAGUGCCCGUAGACUAAGUUAGGACGAAUUGUGUGCACGCGGGGCGGGGUGUCUAUCGCCGUCCCUCUCUUACAUUUGCUUAAGUUAUAUGUACAAGAGGGACAGGUAUAGCGUUCUAGGUUCAUUUUGUUAGUGUAGCGCCCUCUAGCGUUAUAUGUAAAUUGAAAGGAACCGGCGUGAUGUUAGGAGGUGUACUAUAUUGAAUGUCGUCGAUAUGUUUUGAGGUAUUUCACUAUUUGUUUUUUUAUAAAAUUCGCGGUCCAAUAUGAUCGCUGGAUUUCAUACGCUUCAUCUCUAUGGUCUCAGGCGUUUUAGUACUGAAGAAAUAAUAGUGUUACAAUAGUGUUUUCUUUAUAAGAACAUACUGUUGAAAAAUAAAUAAAUAAUUGAAUAGUGAAGUACUUCAUUAGAAGUCGACUUGUAAAUGAAUUUGUAAAGUCGACGUAAUGUAAUAGAAAAAUGUAACUCGAGUACGUUCGGUAUUGCUGAAUGAGCCGUCGCCGUGUCGAGUGACGAGCGAGACGGCAGUAUGCAAUCCUGAACUUAUUCCUAGUAGGUAUGGACCCAAAGAAGUGUUAGGAAAAUUUCUCAAAAUAGUCAAGUUGGUGCCUGAUUGUCGGUGUGGUUUCUUAAUAUUACUUACAGAUAGAUACUAUUUGGAAUGCUUCCAUUCCAAUGUACUGAUUAUUUUUUUUUUAUAUGAUAAAUUAAAACGAAAUUAGACUAAUUAUUUGUUUUUGCACUGAUAGUAGUGCCAUAUUUUAUUGGCUCACUUUUUUUUUUUUUUAAAUUAAUUUAAUAGUUAAAUUCGACACCAAAUUCAGUGAGAUGAAACUAUAGGUCCUUUUUGUAUCCGUAUAAUUUUGUGGACUUGAUUUGAUCUCAAAUAAAUCGGCAGUGAAAAGGAAUUUUUGUAUGUGUGGUUACACAUGGUUUAAGGAUACAGCAUCGACGUCCAAUUUAUAAGAAAAUGUUUUAUAUUUUGUAAAGAGUACCAAUGUUCAAAAGCAACAAUUUUAAAUCUGAUAUAGUUAAUUCUAGAAUAUAUUUUAUUUUGAAUAAAUAUAAGCAUUUGGUAACACUGGACUCGACGCUGUCUUCUUAAAUUUCGAUAGCAGUUUAACUGGAUCAGUUGAUCUUGAUACGUUACGACGAUGAACGUAAAACAUUUGGCCUAUAAAAGCUUGAGUACAAAUAUAAUUUUUGCUUAUAUCGUAAGAAUCGGCGGUUAUUCUAGAGUUUGGAGACAUUUUUGAAUUAACUGAUAAUAAUUAAUUAUGGUUAUUAGAUUAGAUUAGCCGUUCGAAAUGUUAGGCAGAGAAAUAUUUUGUGAUCGUGAACAUUGCCGAUGAUGGCAACUAAAUUAUAUUAAAUGAAACAUUAAUAAUAUGCGGAUAGAAAACAAUAUAUUUUUAUCACUGCCACAAUAGUCAUAGAGGAUCGAGUCGUGCGAGUUUAGUUCGGCGUAUAGGAGGGCGAGUGCCUUCUAUUAGACUUGCUCAGCAAAAUAAGGUGUAAUUUAAGUUAAAUAUAAUUUUAAUCUCCGCAGCGAAGUUUAUCGCUCGUUUGAUGAACAAAGUAUUCCCGGGGAACAAAUGUAGUUUUCCUAAACCGACUGUGACUGAUUCGCAUUUCGUUAUGACUCCGGAGUGUCCGAUGUAGCGAUGUGAAGGCGUGAACCACAUUACGGCUGCGACAACACGCAUGUACAAAACGUGUUAACCUUGACCAGAAACAGAUGGCGCCACUAGGCUAAUUAGGAACGGGAUCGUAGUAAAUGGUAGUUGAAUUUUCGCGAUUUUUGGUCAGGUUUAACGAUGAUUGUAAAUAGUUAAGUAAUUUAUUGCUAAGUAUUAUACGGCAGAGGUAAUUUGCUUCGCGCCUGGGUGAGGUCGAUCCCGGUACGGUCCCGGAGUCCGGCGACCGUGCCGUGGUCGCGGUUAUUAGUGUAGCGUUCGCGAGUUGUCUUUCAACAUGUUUCCUAUAUGCGUUGCGUUUAUGAAUGUUCUCCUUUAUUGUAAAUGUUUGGAAUCCAAUAGUACUAUGUGGAGCAUGUAUCCCGAAUAGUGUGCACUACGUAUAUUCAAUUUGUAGAUAUUUAAUUAUAUAUAGUAUAAUGUUUAACGCAUUCUUAUUUGCUUCGACCCUGAAUGGAUCCGAAAGUUAUAUUAUUUGACCCACGCGGUGGGGUAUCUACCUCAAUUAAUUUAUCACACAUUUGGGCAUAAUAAUAGUGGAUGUUAUGUUAAUCUCGAACCUUGGAAUUCUUUCAAUUUAGUAAUUGUAAGAUUUUUUUUUGAUACACGAUGAUUUGUCCUCAUGUCACAAGUACUGUAUCUUAUAUUAAAUACAUAUUGUAUGAUUGAUUA